AUGAAUACAAGGCGUGAAAGUGACUCGUUCUUUGUAGCUGUAACGAGCAGUAAGAUGGAUAGUGGGGAGGCUCCUGCUCAGCGGCUCACCUUGGACAUCACAGUGGAAGAUGGAACCAAGGAAGCCCCAAACAGACCCUCCGGAGCCAACAGCAGCCACACUCCCUCCAGAGACCACCUCGUCCCCCAGGUAGACAGCAGCUUGGGCGUGGAGUUUGCCACCCCACAGGAGGACAGCAGCGCUACGCCUUCAGAGAGCCUGAUGGACAAGCUCAACGACCAGAUGAUGGAGAGCGUCAUGAUUUCUGACUCCCCUAAUAACAGCGAGGAGGACGAUGCGGCUCCCAUCGACUCCUUUCUGGAUGGAGGAGAGGAGGAAGAGGAAGCACAAGAGACAUCAGGCGACAAAGAUGAACAAAGUGAAAUUGGACACAAUACAACUGAGAUUAAAGUUUCAACAGAGGAACAGGAGAAAAGUGGUUCUGUGGAGAAAGUGGACGAGGACACAGAGGAGCAGACAGACACACAAGAGCAAGUCACAGUCUGUGUUUCAGCUCAAGCUGACGCAGAGAGCCCAUCUGAUCUUAAAAGUGGGGAGCCAGCACCACAGGAAGCUAAAGGGACGAGCCCUAAAGACGAACCUGUGCCGGUGUGCACCAUAUUCAGCCAUGGCACCCAGCCGAAGUCCCUGGUGCCAGAUGGCUUCCAGCCCACCCUCAUCAAGUCCCCAGCUUUAGCAUGGGGAGUGGGUGGAGGAAGCGAUGGAGCAGUGACCCCCAGCAAGUUGACGGCGCCCCUCGUGUGCCAGCGCCCCAGCCUCAGUAAGUUCUUCACUGACAAUGGACAGGUCAAUCCAGCCUCUGACUUCUUUGAUUCCUUACCGCCCCCCUCCUCCUUCAUCUCUGUCAACCCAAAUGCUGAGAUGUCUCCUGGCCCCAGCCCAGCGCCCAUAGCCCCCACCCCUGAGCGCCAGCUCUCUUCCACCUCCUCCUCCAUCUCCACCCCCGGAGGACCUCUGGACUCUGGUGCUCCCACCCCUAGUUCAGUGUUCGGCCCUGCCCCUACUGAAUCCACCGCCAAGGUCCAACCUCCUCCACCCCAAGCAGCCCCAGCUCCAACCCCAGCCCUCGUCCCCGCCCCCGCCCCAGCCAUUCAGCCGCAGCCCUUCAACCAGCUUCAGGCUGUGUUCUCGGGCAGCGAUGACCCAUUUGCGACAGCGCUGAGCUUGAGUGAGGUGGACCGGCGCCAUGAUGCCUGGCUGCCAUCUGAGGAGACCAGGAAGGUGUUGAUCUCUGUGGCCACCCCAGCAGUACAGCCAUGCCUAUGUGGAGACCACAGACUCACCAUGCCUGGACUCAAGUUUGACAACCUGCAGGGUGACGCUGUAAAAGACUUGAUGCUUCGUUUCCUGGGAGAACCGGCAGCCAUGAAGCGUCAGGUCCUCACCGCCAACUCUGUGGAACAGUCCUUCACAGGCCUCAAAACGGCUCAUCGUAAGUCACUCGCUAGCAGUAAAAACUGGCGGGCUGCGGUAGAUCUGACGGGCCGGCUGCUGACAGCUCAUGGUCAGGGAUAUGGAAAGGCUGGCCAGCCAACCUCCCACACCACCGACUCACUGCAGCUCUGGUUCGUGCGGCUGGCCCUCCUCACCAAGCUGAACCUCUUCCAAAACGCUGAACUGGAGUGCGAGCCCUUUGGCAACCUGGAUCAACCAGACCUCUACUAUGAGUAAUACCCCACUGUUUACCCUGGGAGGAGAGGCUCCAUGGUGCCGUUCUCCAUGCGGCUGCUGCAUGCCGAGCUUCCCCAGUACCUGGCCAAGCCCCAGGAGGCUCUGGACCGCCUGCACAAUCUCAAAACCGUCUGCCUCGCUAUUCUGGAGAACUUGGAGAAAGGCUUGGCUGAGGAUGGCAGCAUGAUCACCCUAACACAGGAGAACAGGCAAGUGUCUCUCAAGCUGUGGAGGUCUCGCCUCAGCCGGGUCAUGUACUCCAUGGCCAACUGUCUGCUUCUGAUGAAGGACUAUGUUCUGGCGGUGGAGACCUAUCACUCCAUCAUCCAGUAUGAACCCCAGCAGAAAGUGCAGCUGCUCAGCGGCAUAGGACGCAUCUUCUUGCAGAUUGGAGACGUUAAAACAGCAGAGAGGUACUUCGUGGAUGUGGAGAAAGCCUGCCAGAUGACAGGGAACCAGCCCCGUCACACCACAUGCGUGCUGAUGAACAGGGCCUUUGUGCACCUCAGCCAGAACAACUACGGUGAAGCACACGGAUCCUUCGCUGAGGUCUAGAAAAUCGACCCAAAGAAACCCCGUUGUAAGUUUUACCACACCACAUCUUUUACUUUACAACAGCUUAAAUGCACCACAUUAAGUCAAGUAAUUAUCCAGCUGUUGUACAAGGCCAACAACAACGCAGCGGUGUGCUUGCUCUAUCUAGGCCGCCUGAAGGAGUACCUGGGCCAGCUGGAGGGCCUGGUGCAGCAGGACCCCGCACUCUACCUCCACGAGAGCGUCCUCUUCAACCUGACCACUAUGUGGCUGGAGUCGUCUCGCAGCACCCAGAAGAAGCAGGCUCUGCUGGAGGCCGUGGCCUGCCGAGGGGACAGCUUCAACACGCAGUGUCUCAAACUGGUCUAACAGGCAGGACAUGAAGUGGGAGAGGACACACACACUGCUGCAUCCAGUGUGACAGGGAAUAUAAUCUGUAGAGGAGUAGAAAGCUGUACCUCCUAUGAGAGAGUGGUUUUAGUGCUUGGUUUGGUUACCCAGAAGCAAGUUGAUACAAAAUCUUUCAGAAUUGUUUUUAUUGGAUGUCGGAAGCCCAGGUACAGGUACACAUCUUUCAGUGGGCACGGCAGACACUCCUAUCCUUCCGAAGGCUGAUCCAGUAAUGAGUCACGCAUUUACUUACAGGAUCAGAAACCGUGGCCAGCAGCUCACAUCAGCUGGUGGAUUAACAUUCUGGAGGAAAAUACCCCUACAAAAAAAAACUCCUGUGUGCAGAAGAUUUUAUUUUACAGAUGAAAUAGUUUAGUUUGACAUUUUGGGAAAUGUAGCUUAUUUGCUUUCUUGCCGUGAGUUCGAUGAGAUGAUUGAUAGCGUGUCCGUACCGUAAAUAUUAAGCUUGAGGGAAAGUUCUGUGAUAAUGCAAUUGUAAUACAGAAAGAAAGUCUUCAAAAUCCGAUCAACUGGAAGUUCCGUCUGCAGGAGUAUUCAUAAAGGAUAUGCUGUAGAUUUUGUAGGGAGGCUUAGUUUGCUCCUCCUCUCUUCUUUUUCACAUUUUUCAAAUGUUGCAUUCAUUCAAUUUGAAUCGCAGUGAUAAGGAGGUUGUUUACCAGCUUUUACCUCGCUGUAGGGCAUUUUAUUCAUUUUUCAGGGACGGCAAUAUUAUUUGCUUCUUCACUGAUUAACUACUUGCUGUAAAAACAGAAAAGCUCACCUGUAAUGGUCCCUCAAGACUGUCCCGAAGAAGAAACAGUCCAGCUCAUAACCCCCUGUAAAACCACUAAUUGUCAUUUUUACAGGCUAGCCAUUUCCCCUGCUUUCAGUCUUUGUGCUACUUAAAGGGAUAGUUCAGGUGUUUUUUGAAGUGGGGUUGUAUGAGGUACUUAUCUAUAGUCAGUGUAUUAC